AUGCGGCUGCGUGCGGACCGCGGGGAGAGCAGGAGCUACCCAGAUCAGGACAUUUUAGACAUCCUCUUUAGCGACAAUAUCAAGCCACAGAAAGCCACCUUUAAAGAGCUCAACGUGGACCUCUCCUGCAUGGAUCUUCCGAUCCAGGAGGGCGGCCCGGUGCGCGGGCGGCAGAAGUUCGUGGAGCGGAAGAACUUCAUGCCCGAGCCGGUGCCACCACCGGAGACCCCGGGGAUGUGGUCGACGGAGGGGUGGAAGUGGUGCAAGGGAGGCCGCAAGUUGCUAGACACCUCACCUGAGUGGGGUGAAGAGAAAGCCCAGUUGCACCGAUCGCAGAGCUUACCACAGGCGAUGGGUGGUGCCUCCCUGCUACCCGGGGCGAACGGCGCCCCGGCGUCGCCCUUCCACGGCCUGGCCACGCGGCGCUUCGGGGAGGACCGCUGCUGCCGCUUCCGCCGCGCGACGCGGCCAGAGGACUCCGGCUGGGAUGGCCGCAUGCGCGGCUCCCUGCUGGCACGCCGGAACUGGGCGGGCACCGCGCCCGACAAGGCGAACAACGACGGAAGGGUGGGAAGGGUGGGUGUGGUGAGGAUCGGCCAACCCAAAUGA